CCCCAUGCCUUCGCAUGCCCUAUUAUUCAACUCACUCACCUUUCAAACAUAACUGAAAACAUUUUCAUUUUCAAACCCCCCUCCCCCCAUGGCUGGUCUCAAGCUUAUUUGUGGCCUAAUAUUGUUGUGCAUGUUGGUGUUGGAACCCAUGGCCACAACUGCUCUCACAUGUGGACAAGUGGCAAGCCAAACGGGUAGUUGUAUAAGGUAUUUGCAGCGUGGAGGGAACCCUCCAGCUGCUUGCUGCAACGGAGUUAGGAACCUAAACAGGCAAGCUAGAACCACCCGUGACCGUCAAACUGCAUGCAGAUGCUUGCAAACUGCCGCUAGGACCAUCUCCGGUAUCAAUGCUAAAUUGGCUGCCGGUCUUCCGGCCAAAUGCGGUGUCAAAAUUCCUUACAAGAUCAGCCCCUCCACCAACUGCAAUAGAGUGAGAUGAUCAUGGAUGAAGUAAGCAGCUUGCAGGAAAUGUUAUAUAUAUAUAUAUAUAUAUAAGCGUGAAAUAAAGAUUUUGGGAUGGAUGCUUAUUCCAAAAUCCAAAUUAGUGUCUUUGUUUAUCUUUGAGAUGUUGGCUCUAAUUAUGUUGUCUAUGUAUGGAAUGUUCAGUGUUUUAUGAGUUAAAAA